AUGAAUACUAUCAUUGUUGCUGUUUCCAAAUUGAAGGGUUGCAUACGACAAAUCGAAGAAUUGAAUCCAAGUGGAGCAUCAGAAGAAGAUAUUAUGAAUCGUAUUGAGAAAUUCAACAGUGACAACAUCAAAGCUGCAUCUACAAGAGUGCAACGACAAACUGCUCAAGCUGAUUAUUCUCAAUCAUAUAAUCUCGAGAAAGAUGUUUAUUCACCUUCAUCUCCACAUGUCUCUUCGUUUAAUCUUAACAUCACUGAUUCAGACAGUGGUGGUACUUCAACUAAACGACCUAUUGGGGUGAAGAAAGCAAAACUGAAGAGAAAGAAUGAACAACAAUUCAGUAAAAUGGUUUCACAGAAUGACGAACUUGUUGCAGCGUUGGAUCGAAGUACCAAUGUUGCUAUGUUCAAGGAAGAGAAUAAAAUUUUAUUCAAAGAUUUGAAUACCAUUGCUGAUCCGAUAAUGCGUGAAUUUAUUCGCGGUGAACAAGUCAGAAUUAUGCAAAAGAGGACUGAAAACGAAAAAUCUCAAUCAAUUCCACAUCAAGGAGAAGGAUCUAGGAUCAAUUCGUCUCAAGAAGAAGAACAAGGAUCUCAAGAUCCUUUGAAUGGUUCUGGUAAAUUUUAUGAUUAUUUCGGUGGUUUAUUAAGAGGUGAUUUUCCAGAAUAUUAA